UUAUUCAGUCUUUCCUUUGCGCUGGUGUGAAUUUGUUAUUUAAUAUUUAUCGCGUGGCAGUGAGCAACGUAUAUUGAAUUUAAAAAUAAUAUAUUCAAAUCGAUUAAAUUGUGAAAUUAUACUAAAAAAUAUAUCGAAGUGUAAAAAAGUCAAACCUACACGGCAACAACUGAAUAUUUUGCUAACUUAAAAAUUUUCUAGUUCGAUUUUCUUAGUUGAACAGUUGGUACUUGAGAUCCAGCCAUUUGCCGCUGAUCGUGUCGUGUUCGCGUUCCAAUAAUUGAGAAGUGCAAAUAGCAGAAAAGAAUUGGUAAAGCAAAAAUAGUGUAUAAAACGAAAAGAGCACAUCUGAAAAGGCGAAUUCUUGUAAAAGGUUCACUCCAACAACACAGCUAGUGCAAAAACAACAACGACCAACACCAACUGGAAUUUUCAAAUUGAAUUUCUUUGUGCUAUUUGUUGCGAGUUUUCAGUCACAUUUCUGAUCAAUAGUUUGUUGAAAACCGACAAUAGUCUUUCGAAAGCCUAUUUCAACAUAAAUUUAAAAAAUUUGGAGUUACAUUUUCUGGACAAUAAUUAAAUCAUUGGCGGACCAAUCAAAGCCCUUGUAAACUUAAAAGAAAUAAAGUGCGGUUUAUAAUAAAACAUACGAAAUAUAUGUGUACCCUUUCCUGUGACAAAAUUUUUUGAGCAUACUUGGGCACAUCGCGGUUAAAACGUUAAUUACUGCAACAACAGUAAGUCUAGGUGACACAUAGACGUGCGCACGCGUGAUCUUCUCCAUCAACAAGGAAUUAAACAGCCGAGUUAGUGAAUACAAGUAGCAGCUACCAAAUACGAGCAGCAAAACCGCAAAAUGAAUAAAACUUGCGCUCGUUGUCAGAAAGUGGUGUAUCCCAUUGAGGAACUCAAGUGUCUGGACAAAACAUGGCACAAAACAUGCUUCAAGUGCACAGAAUGUGGCAUGACAUUGAAUAUGAAAACAUACAAAGGCUACAACAAACUGCCAUAUUGCGAAGCGCACAUUCCAAAGGCCAAAGCCACAGUCAUAGCGGACACACCCGAACUGAAGCGAAUAGCUGAGAAUACAAAAAUUCAAUCGAAUGUGAAAUAUCACGAAGACUUCGAGAAAUCUAAGGGCAAAUUUACACAGGUCGCCGACGAUCCCGAAACAUUGCGAAUCAAGCAGAAUACAAAAAUCAUUUCGAAUAUUGCUUAUCAUGGUGAUUUGGAGAAAAAGGCAGCUAUGGAAAAGCAACGUGAAGCUGCCGAAAUUGCCGAUGUGCGAGAGGAAACGGAGUAUUUCUCUGAGACAUUGGCUGCCGAACAGUUCUCACAAUAUGCUCCCACACCACCAACAGCCACAGCUGUAGCAGCCGCCGCAACACUACCGCCGCCACCAAUACAGCACCAGCAACACAAUACAGCGGCAAUAAUAUCCAGCAAUCAGGCAGCUAACGCCAGCAAUACACACAUUUACAAUAGCCAACAGAUGCCACAACAACACACACAACAAAGUCACAAUCACAGGCAGCAGACACACCAGCCACAAUAUCAGCCACCACCGCAACAACAACAACAACACGCACAUCACCAGCAUUAUCAAGCACAACAGCAAUCAGCACAACUACACUAUCAACACCAUCCACAACAACAACAAUUACAACACCAACAACAUGAACAAUAUCAACAUUAUCAGCAGCCACAGGCAUUGCGCCAACAAUAUCACCAGCAACAGCAGCAAAUGUUGCAACAGCAGCAUCAACACCAUCACCAACACCACCAACAACAACAACAAAUGCUACAACAGCAACAACCAAUUAAACAAACAUCACAUUUGUAUCCAACAGCGGCCACAAACCAUCCAUCCCCGCAACAUCAGCCGCCGUCAAACACCUACAAUCAGUUGCGUUCGGCAAUUUUGCAAAAUUCUCAGCAUUCAACCGGUGGCGGCGCGCAAACAACUCACCUUAAUGAGAAUGUAACCAGCUCCAGCGGCAGCGGCGGUGGUGGGGGUUAUGGUAGCGGGACGAUCACGAAUGCUGUCACCUAUGAUCAAUACGACAAUUAUACACGCGCCGCUGCCGCUGCCGUCAACAACAGCAACAAUAACAACUUGACUUACCAACAGCAGCCGCAAAAGACCGCCUCAUAUCACAGCAACAGCAACACUGCGAGUGCUGCUAAUGCCAACAAUGGAGGAGGUAGUGUGACUGGUCUUACUAGUGUCGUGCCACAAACUACACAACAACUCUACGCCAGCAACAACUAUAACAGUCACUUUUCGUCGAACACAUCGCUGGGCGGUGCAACAAACAAUCUGCCGCAUCCCAAUAGCAACGGUGCUAUUAGUACCGGCACUGCCGUUGGCAGCAAUCACAGUCACAGUCACACGGGCGUCGGUGGCGGCAGUGGUGGCCUAGUAAAUAAUGGCAGCUCGACAGCUGUGGCGAUGAACAGCAUUGGCAAGAUCGCUGACUAUGAUCCGUUAACCGAUGGACCACGGCCCAUGCCCAACACCGGCCGGCCCAGUACAACGCUCAUUUAUAGCUCUGACAGUCGCGGCUCGGUGAACAACGCAUACCCUAAGCGUAUCGGUUCGAUAGCCGAUAUUGAUCCUGCUAAUGGCAUUUAUAGUUCGUUGGCUGGCGAAUCAGCAUCGCAUCACCAAUUGCAACAACAACAAUCACAACACCAGCAGCAGCAACAACAACUAUUGCAUCAGCAGCAACAACAGCAUGCGCUUCAUCAGCAGCAGCAACAGCAUCAGCAUCAACAACAACAACAGCAGCAGCAGCAGUAUUAUCAGCAAAUAAUGCAACAACAAUCGAAACCAAGUCUGCGUGUCUAUCGGGCUUUGUAUGAUUAUGAAGCCCAAGAUACCGAUGAAGUAAGCUUCCGGGAAGGUGAUGUUAUCUUUGAAGUAGAAUCUGCCGAUUCCGGCUGGAUGACCGGGCGCGUCGAACGCACCGGCAAGACCGGUAUGCUGCCUGCCAACUAUGUGGAGCAAGCUGUUAUAUAAUAGGGAAUGUUAUAUUAUUGUUGUUGUCAUCACCAAUUUGUUGUAAUACUAAUUUGUAUCCUUUAUUUGAUAGUCGUAUUAAUAUUCUUCAUUAACAUAUUUAUAGCUGAUAUCAAUAAUGA